AUGGCGCAGUUUCUGCUCACCGUACAAGUCCUACUCGCAUUGACCUUCUGGAUCGGAUCAGGCUCGUCGAGCCGAUACAAUGCCGGCGAUCAUGUCCCUUUCUUCGUCAACAAAGUGGGUCCUCUCCACAAUCCAAGUGAGACCUAUCAAUAUUAUGAUUUGCCCUUCUGCCGUCCAGAGCCUGUGAUUGAGAAGAAGGAAACUCUUGGGGAAGUUCUUAAUGGUGACCGGUUGAUGAGCUCGUUAUAUGAACUGAAGUGUGGGGAGGACAAAACUCAUGUUACAUUGUGCCAUAAGAGAUUGACAUUGAGUGAAAUUGCCAGGUUUAGAGAUACCAUUGCUCAAAAUUUCUACUUUCAAAUGUAUUACGACGAUCUCCCAUUGUGGGGGUUUGUUGGAAAAGUAGAGGCAGAUUGUUCUGGUCGCGGGGAGAAGAAUGCUAAGUAUUAUAUAUUCAGUCACUUAAACUUCAAUGUCCUGUACAAUUCAGACAAAGUCAUUGGAAUCAGUAGUUUUAGCGAUCCGAAUUAUCUGGUUGAUAUAUCAGAGAACACUGAGAUUGAUGUUCAGUUUACAUACUCGGUUUCUUGGAAUUUGACUUCAGAAAUGUCUGAGACAAGAAUGAGUAAGUACUCCCAAGCGUCUUUACAUCCUAUCAGCCAGAAGAUUCACUUUUUCUCAUUUCUUAACUCGAUAAGUGUUGCUGUGUUGUUGAUUGGACUUCUUACUUUUCUCUUCAUGCGGCAUCUCAAGAGUGAACUUAGAAGUUGCUUGAACGGAGAUGAAGAAGACAAGAGAGAAGUGGGUUGGAAACUCAUACAAAGUGAUGCAUUUAGAUGUCCUCGGAAUAUCUCCUUGCUUUGUGCGUUCUUAGGAACUGGUAUUCAAUUACUAAUCUUGAUCAUUGCUCUAUUUGCAUUGGCCUUCACCGGUUUUCUAUACCCGUACAAUCGCGGAAUGAUAUUGACUUCUCUUGUCAUCAUGUACACUCUAACAUCAGUAGUGGCUGGUUACACAUCUGCUUCUUUCCAUAGCCAUUUUGAGGGAAACAAACAGUUUCAACCUCCCUCCGCUAUUAAAAGAAACCCCCGAGAAAUUCCACCACAGAAUUGGUAUAGGAGAAAGCUGUACCAGAUGUUUCUUGGAGGCCUUGUACCUUUCAGUGCAGUUGCCCUUGAGUGGCACCAGCUCUAUGCAAGCUUGUGGGGGUUCAAAAUAUAUACCUCUCCUGGAAUAAUGCUUUACACAUUCGUUGUGCUCAUCUUCUUGACUGCGAGUGUUGGUAUUAUCUUGACCUACAUUCAGCUAUCCGGAGAAGAUCAUGAAUGGUGGUGGAGAUCGAUAUUUUGCGGAGGAUUCACGGCGAUCUUCAUGUACGGGUAUGGAAUAUUGUUCUAUCUGAGGUCUGACAUGACCGGGUUUCUGCAGUUGAGCUUCUACUUAGGAUAUACGUCUUUGUUAUGUUACGCUCUCUUCUUGGUUCUUGGGACCAUAAGUUUCUUGGCUUCUUGGAUAUUUAUUCGCCUCAUCUACCGUUCUGCCAAGCUCGAAUAA